AUGCGGAACGCCCCACGACCAACUGCGACCGGUGACAGCGCAACUUCCCAUGAGCCUCGCCCACCGCGCAAUGAUUCAUGUAGACCCCGUCGAGAGACGGCGAGUGCAGAAUCGAAUUGCCCAGCGAGGAUAUCGUCAACGUCCGUUCAACCUUUUCUUUUCAUCUUGAUCGUUUGGCUCAAAGAGAGUCAGAAACUCCAGAAGUUAAAUGCGGCCAAAGAGAGUAAUGCCAGUACCGACAAGAGCGACAAAGACAGCAAUACCAACAGUAGUACCAAAGACACCAAGACCAACGAUACCUCAAGCACCAACACCAAGUCUACCAAGAAGGGCACCAAAUCUGCCUUAGAUGCAGAUGCCUCCACUCCGGCCCCCAAGCGCCCCCAGAAUGCCUCGACGGCUAAUGAGAAGGAGGCCUGGAGCAACGGUACCGUAGACCAAAGGCAAAAGCCAGAUUUACAACAACUUCAACCUCAGGAGCAACUACGCAGAACUCAACAACCUCAAACUUUUCAAGAACAACGACAAGAAGAUGACCCACAACACCACCUCAAUCAGCCUUCAGAAGAGCUGCAACAAGCUCACUUACAGCAAAUCCAACAGCUAGUUCGCCCAGGCCCGCAAAGACUGCAAACGCAAUCAGCAGGUAGCCAACAUGGCUCACCCCAUCUAAGUGAUCGAAUGUCUGUUUCUAGUCACCGGAAUGCACUCCAGACUAUCGAAGGGGAGAACGGUAUUUAUUCGCGCUAUAUGGGUAGCCAGAGCCCUGCCGAAGCUCCAUCACUGUACAUGGCUUCAUCUGGUUCAAGCAGUGUGUCUCCAUUUGAGACGUUUAUGGACCCGGUGCUGAUGGACACUUUACCAUCAACUGGUCACUCUAUCAACCCGCCAACCUCAAUGCAGAGAUCAAGUAGGAGCGGAAAAAGCAGUUCAGCAGGGAGUACUAAGGGAGAAAUCGCAGACGCAAUGUCUUAUGUUCAAGAGCAUGCAGAAGGCGCAGGGGAUAAUUAUGGACAUCAUUGGUCGGAAAGUGCAACCGCGAGUCUCUACGGAGGCACAGCACUGCAUCGUGCCGUCUUCUACGGCCAUGAAAGGGUUGUUGAGGCGCUCCUCAAAGCAGGGGCAAAUCCUGAGGUACGAAACCGCCAGGGACGAACAGCAAUGCACUUGGUGGCCCAGAGUGGCCGCCACCGCUUGCUGCGUCUAUUACUCGAGUAUAAGGCUGACCCACAGGCGCGCACCUGUACCGGCCAAACGCCGCUGCAUCUAGCAGCGCGGAAUGAUGAGCAGACCAUGGUCAAGUCUCUUCUCCGCGCCCACGUCCAUCGCCAUCCUCACCAGACCCCACAAGGCUUGGGUCGCCAGCCCAUUCCCGGCCGCGUUGAUGUAAACGCUGCCGAUUCUCGAGGUUUUACGCCCCUCCAUGUUGCGAGCGAGAAGGGUCACCAUGGGAUGGUAAGAGUUCUCGUGGAGAACGGGGCAGAUCUUGAGCAGAGGGAUUUAGAGGGGUUAACGGCGCUUCACCAUGCUAGCAUUGCAGGUAUGGAGGUGGCGGUAAAACUUUUGCUUGAUAUGGGCGCGGAUAUUUCGGGAUAG